CAGCUGGUGACUGUUUGGUAAGGAGAAAGGCUGCGUUUACCACUGACUUCAGGUUGAGGAGUACUAUAAGGCAAGAGAACUGACUUCUUGGGUACUUCUGUCAGAGACAGACCAGGACAGAAUCCCAAAGGAUCUGCAAGAAAUCAGUUACUUUUGAACUUAAAGAUGACCUGCCUUCUAGCCACAGCAAUUUGCUUUUUGAUCCUAACACAGUGGCUAACACAACAGGUGAGCAACCUGUCACAUCCAGAAAAUUCACAGGACCUAGACAUGGCUGACGACGCAUUUGAUGAUCAAUAUAAUGGCUGUACCGAAGAAAUGGAUAAAAAAGCUCCCCAGCUCUUAGAAAAAGAACUGGAAGUGAAUGGCAAUUUAAAACAUGAAUGGGAAAUGGCACAGAGAAAAUGGAAGGAAAUAAGGAAUAAAGCAGACCCUUCAAAAAAACUCAAUGAUUUCCAGGGAACAGCUCUAGUGGCCUAUACUGGGGAUAUUGCAAUGGAAUUUAAUGAAGCCAUAAGAUCAUUCCAUCAAAAUUCAGAUAAAUUUCAGUUUAAAGCUUUCCAUUAUUAUUUGACAAGAGCUCUUCAGCUUCUCACUACAGGGGAGUGUCAUACAGUUUAUAGAGGUACUAGGAUAAAGUUUGUUUACAAAGGGAAAGGAAAUGUCCGUUUUGGCCAAUUUGCCUCAUCAUCUUCUUCAGUAGAAGCAGCUAAAAAUUUUCUCUUUGAGAAAAGGUUGGGGACACUGUUUACUAUCAGAACUUGUUUGGGUGUUUAUAUUAAAAUUUUUUCUUACUAUCCAUCUGAAAAGGAAGUGCUAAUUCCAGGCUAUGAGGUGUUUCAGCAAGUCACCAUACCAAGCAAAGAUAAAACAUACAGUCAAUAUUCACUUACAAAUGGUGGAAAAACCUUAAGUAAAACACAUGAUGAAGUUUCACUUGAAAGCCCCCAAAAUUUUACAAGUAACUACAAUUGCUUCUAUAGCUCAGGAAUGAGACAACAUCCAGUGUUCAUUCUGCUGCUGCCCAGCCUUCUAGUCCUGCUGCUUCUCCCUGCUGAGCUGUAAUUCUCCCUGCCUGGGGCCUGGUUCUGCAUGGGGUGUCAGGGAAGGAGGGACACAGGGUCAUUUUGUGGCUUACAUUAGUGCUCAUGUCCCCCAAGAAAUCUAAGGCAUCUAGUGGGUCUGACCACAAAAGUGAGCUUUCUGUCUUCGAAUUUACUACCUGAGAUAAGUCUCUAGUCUCUUGACACUUUGCUGUGAUUAGUGGGGAGGUUAGAGGAUGGAAGGAUUGAGCAAAAAGGAAAAAAAACUCAUGGACAUGGACAACAGUGUGAUGAUUGCUGGGGGGAGUGUGGUAUAAGUGGACUAAAUGGUAAUUGGGGAAAAAUACAAUAAAGAUUAAAUUUAAAAUAAAGUAAAAUACAAGCAAUCCUUUAAGCACGAUCAACAGUGACUGUAAAAUUCAAUUUAAUUGUGAUGAAUGUUAUAAUCUAAAGAAAUAAACCAUUUAUAAUCA